UAUAAUUUUUCAAUAAUCAUAAUAACUCAUACCUACUUAAUUUUCUAUGGAAAUUUCGAUAUUAAUUAUUAAUAUUUGUACGUUAGUUUGUGUAGUUAACAGUGUUUUAAAACUUUGUUUAUAAAAUUGUUCGUUGACAAUAUUAAGAAAAUGGCUUGGCAACAAAACCAGACAUUAGUAGGAAAUAAAAAUGUCAACACAAAAGCCCAUAUGUACGUCGAGUACAACAAUUUGAUUAAAGAACUCGAACAGUACAUACCACAAUUCAAAGUGUCGAUCAAAGAUUUGCAAGAACCGUCUCAAACGUUUGUGACAAACUUUUAUACGGAUGUAUUUAGUGAAUUUUUCUGUGAUGUCAACAAUUUAACUGAGAUUCAAGGUUCACAAAUUGAAAAUAUCACCCACAGGGAAAUGUAUGGUGAAACGGUACCAAUAUUAAACAUGUGCACCGCUUUGCGGUACAUUUAUUCAAAAUUGGGUAUUGACGAUUUUGGUUUAAACGACAUUUGUGACCCAAGUCCAAAAAGAACAUAUCGUCUUCUUCAAACAAUGAUAAACUUCAUUAAGUACAGCGAUGAAAAAAUAAACAAAGCCGAUGUUCAAAUGAAAGCCGUCAGAAAUAUGAAAGAAAAAAUUGAUUAUUUACGAAAACAAAAAGACAGCAUUAAAGAGGCUAUAAAUCAAAAGUCAUUGCUUCGCCAGCAACGAGGAUCCGAGUACAUAUCUGUAGUCGAAGAAGGAAAAAUUGGAAAAUCUGAACUGAUGAACCUCCAAGUACACAAAGAUGAAAUAUUAAAAGAAUUGGAUAAAGUAAAACAGGAACAAGAAACAAUUGAAAAACAUUGUUCAACAUUAUGCGAACAGAAGGAUAAUACAAUAAGAGAUAUAAAUUCUCUCCGAAGUCAAAUCGUAGAGGCACCAGAUUUGUUAAAGGCCGAUCACGAAAGAUUGAAACGGAUGAAAAGUGAAGCUACUGAAAAAAAGUCUGCUAUGAUGGCACAAGUCAGUGCGACAAAACAAACAGUAAUCAUUCUAGAACAAGAAUUAGCUGCACAAGAGAAAAGAUUGCGUUUGUUAACAGACAUAACGGAAAAAAACGAUCAGUUAGCAAAAGUAAACCAUGAAAUAGAAGCAAUGAUUCAAGAAAAAUGUGACAUGCUAGAAGCGUCUGAAAACCUGAAAGAAAAAUUUGAAAUCGCCCAACACGAAAAAGCUGACAUUAAUAAUAAAAUAAAUAAUAUAUCAAAAGAAAUGGAAUGUGAACGCAACGCUUUGAAAUUGAAAUAUGACGUUUUGCAAAAGGAGUUGGACGAAAAAAUCAAAAACAAAAAUAACUUCACUGAGUCUAUUAAGUUAAUAGAGAACGAGUUAAAACAAUGUGAUUUACAAAAAACUCAACUGGAAGAAAACGUGCAUUGUAUACUAGAAAAUUAUGAAAAAACAAGGAACGUUCUUACGCAACAGCUGAAAGAUUAUACAGAGGCAGUCGUCGACAGGCUUGAGAAAUUAGCCCGCGAAUAAGUAAGAUGACCAAAAUAUUUUACGUGUUAUUAUUUUGAUUUUAUUAUUAUUAUUUUACUAUUUAUAACAAUUUUUUUUUUUGUCAUCUGUUAAUUACAAAAUUCGUUUAAAUGUUGGUUUUAGUGUAUACAAUAUUAUUAUGAUGAUACAUU